AUGUAUGGCAGAGAGCCAAAAUUACCAUUUAAUCGAACAACAACCACAUUCACCAUAACAACACCAAACGAUUACUGGAUCCAACUUAACCGGUUGAUGCAAACUUACAAACAAGUGGCCCGACGAAAUAUUCAGCUCCGACAACAACAGGCGAAAAUUCGUUACGAUAGAAACAGGAGUGACCCAGUUUAUAAACAAAAUGAAUUAGUCUUAUGGAGAAAACCUGGACGUAUAUCCAAAUUUGCUGAACGCUAUUCUGGACCCUACGUCAUUAUUCAAGAACAACAUCCAACAUAUAUAGUUGAAGAUACAGAUACCCUACUUCGCAAACAAGUUCAUAUUAAUGAUAUUAAACCAGUUCAUGAACGAAUCAUAUAG